CGCGGCCGCCGCUCCCCGGCGGAGGCAAGAGGUGGUUGGGGGGGACCAUGGCUGACGUUUUCCCGGCCAACGACUCCACGGCGUCUCAGGACGUGGCCAACCGCUUCGCCCGCAAAGGGGCGCUGAGGCAGAAGAACGUGCACGAGGUGAAGGACCACAAAUUCAUCGCGCGCUUCUUCAAGCAGCCCACCUUCUGCAGCCACUGCACCGACUUCAUCUGGGGGUUUGGGAAACAGGGCUUCCAGUGCCAAGUUUGCUGUUUUGUGGUCCACAAGAGGUGCCAUGAAUUUGUUACUUUUUCUUGUCCGGGUGCAGAUAAGGGACCCGACACUGAUGACCCCAGGAGCAAGCACAAGUUCAAAAUCCACACUUACGGAAGCCCCACCUUCUGCGAUCACUGUGGGUCCCUGCUGUAUGGACUUAUCCACCAAGGGAUGAAAUGUGACACCUGCGAUAUGAACGUUCACAAGCAAUGCGUCAUCAAUGUCCCCAGCCUCUGCGGAAUGGAUCACACAGAGAAGAGGGGGCGGAUUUACCUAAAGGCUGAGGUUGCUGAUGAAAAGCUCCAUGUCACAGUACGAGAUGCAAAAAAUCUAAUCCCUAUGGAUCCAAACGGGCUUUCAGAUCCUUAUGUGAAGCUGAAACUUAUUCCUGAUCCCAAGAAUGAAAGCAAACAAAAAACCAAAACCAUCCGCUCCACACUAAAUCCCCAGUGGAAUGAGUCCUUUACAUUCAAACUGAAACCUUCAGACAAAGACCGACGACUGUCUGUAGAAAUCUGGGACUGGGAUCGAACAACAAGGAAUGACUUCAUGGGAUCCCUUUCCUUUGGGGUUUCGGAACUAAUGAAGAUGCCAGCCAGUGGAUGGUACAAGUUGCUUAACCAAGAAGAAGGUGAGUACUACAAUGUACCCAUUCCAGAAGGGGACGAAGAAGGAAACAUGGAACUCAGGCAGAAAUUCGAGAAAGCCAAGCUUGGCCCUGCUGGCAACAAAGUCAUCAGUCCCUCUGAAGACAGGAAACAGCCUUCCAACAACCUGGACCGAGUGAAACUCACCGACUUCAAUUUCCUCAUGGUGCUGGGGAAGGGGAGUUUUGGAAAGGUGAUGCUUGCCGACAGGAAGGGCACAGAAGAACUGUAUGCAAUCAAAAUCCUGAAGAAGGAUGUGGUGAUUCAGGAUGACGACGUGGAGUGCACCAUGGUAGAAAAACGAGUUUUGGCCCUGCUUGACAAACCCCCGUUCUUGACGCAGCUGCACUCCUGCUUCCAGACAGUGGAUCGGCUGUACUUCGUCAUGGAAUAUGUCAACGGUGGGGACCUCAUGUACCACAUUCAGCAAGUAGGAAAAUUUAAGGAACCACAAGCAGUAUUCUAUGCGGCAGAGAUUUCCAUCGGAUUGUUCUUUCUUCAUAAAAGAGGAAUCAUUUAUAGGGAUCUGAAGUUAGAUAACGUCAUGUUGGAUUCAGAAGGACAUAUCAAAAUUGCUGACUUUGGGAUGUGCAAGGAACAUAUGAUGGAUGGAGUCACGACCAGGACCUUCUGUGGGACUCCAGAUUACAUCGCCCCAGAGAUUAUCGCUUAUCAGCCAUAUGGAAAAUCUGUGGACUGGUGGGCCUAUGGCGUCCUGUUGUAUGAAAUGCUUGCCGGGCAGCCUCCAUUUGAUGGUGAAGAUGAAGACGAGCUGUUUCAGUCUAUCAUGGAGCACAACGUUUCCUAUCCAAAAUCCUUGUCCAAGGAGGCUGUUUCCAUCUGCAAAGGACUAAUGACCAAACACCCGGCCAAGCGGCUGGGCUGCGGGCCUGAGGGGGAGAGGGACGUGAGAGAACAUGCUUUCUUCCGGAGGAUCGACUGGGAAAAACUGGAGAACAGGGAGAUCCAGCCACCGUUCAAGCCCAAAGUGUGCGGCAAAGGAGCAGAAAACUUUGACAAGUUCUUCACACGAGGGCAGCCCGUCUUAACGCCGCCUGAUCAGCUGGUUAUCGCUAACAUAGACCAGUCUGAUUUUGAAGGGUUCUCGUAUGUCAACCCCCAGUUUGUGCACCCCAUCUUACAGAGUGCGGUAUGAAACUAACCAGCGAGAACAAAUGCCUCCCCAGCCCCCAGCCCUCCCCACGGUGGGAAGUGAUCCUUAACCCUAAAAUUCUAAGGCCACGGCCUUGUGUCUGAUUCCAUAUGGAGGCCUGAAAAUUGUAGGGUUAUUAGUCCAAAUGUGAUUAACUGUUCAGGGCCUCUCUCUUACAACCAAGAACUUUUUAUCUUAGUGGAAGAUGGUACGUCACGCACAGCGUCCAGUUUAAUUCUGUAGAAGUUACGUCUGCCUCUAGGUUAACCCUUACUAGAAAGCAAACAGACUGUUGCCCCAUUUUGGGUACAAUUUGAUAUACUUUCCAUACCCUCCAUCUGUGGAUUUUUCACCAUCGGAAUCCCCCAACCAGAGAUGUUAAAGUGAGCCUACCCCAGCCCAGGGGGCUGGAAACAUCUCCACCCAAGACGUCUUGGAAUCCAAGAGCAGGAAGCCAAGAGAGUGAGCAGGGAGGGAUUGGGGGUGGGGGAGGCCUCAAAGUACCCUGUGCGUCCGUUCUCUGCCUCCAUGGAAAUGGCCCCUAGAAUCUGAAAGGCCAGGAUGAACCUAAUGACUGUUCCCAAACAUUGACAAAUCCUAACCCAACCAUAGUCCAGCAGUUACCAGUUUAAACAAAAAAAACCUGAGAUGAGUGUUGGGUGAAUCUGUCAUCUGGCACCCUCCUUGGCUGAUAACUGUCUUGAUACUUUCAUUCUUUGUAAGAGGCCAAAUCGUCUAAGGACGUUGCUGAACAAGCGUGUGAAAUCAUUUCAGAUCAAGGAUAAGCCAGUGUGUAUGUACGUUCAUUUUAAUCUCUGAGAGAUUAUUUUUCAAUCCAGGGUGCCAUCAGUAAUCAUGCCACUACUCACCAGUGUUGUUCGCCAACAGCCACCCCACACACACCAAUAUGUUGCUGCCUACCUUGUUAUCCUUCUCAAGAAGCUGAAGUGUACGCCCUCUCCCCUUUUGUACUUAUUUAUUUAAUAGGCUGCAGUGUCGUUUGUGAAAGUACGAUGUACAGUAACUUACUGGAAGUGUUGAAUCUAGCAUCAGCCCCUACUGAUUGAUUUUCCUCCCUUCUCCAGCCCUGGAUGUCCACUUAGGGAUAAAAAUAAUACGGUUUUGAUUCCCAUUUCUAGUACACCUGGAGCUGUAGAAUCAGGAAACCCGGAUGCCUAACAGCUCAAAGAUGUUUUAUUGCUAGAAGGAUUUUAAUAUGUUUUGCAAAUGCAUCAUGCAAUGAAUUUUGCAUGUUUAUAAUAAACCUUAAUAACAAGUGAAUCUAUAUUAUUGAUAUAAUCGUAUCAAGUAUAAAGAGAGUAUUAUAAUAAUUUUAUAAGACACAAUUGUGCUCUAUUUGUGCAGGUUCUUGUUUCUGAUCCUCUUUUCGAAUUAAGUUUUAGCUGAAUCCCUUGCUUCUGUGCUUUCCCUCCCCGCACAUGGGCACUGUAUCAGAUAGAUUAAUUUUUAAAUGUAGAUAAAAUUUCAAAAAUGAAUGGCUACUUUACAUGAUAGAUUAGGCUCUUACUACGUGUGUGUGUGUAUAUAUAUAUAUAUUUGAUUCUACCUGCAAACAAAUUUUUAUGGGUGAGGACUAUUUUUGAGCUGACACUCCCUCUUAGUUUCUUAAUGCCACCUUUCAUCCCAGUUCCUCCGCCACUCUUCCUCUUGGGCACAACAGGAAGUGUCUGAUUGCGGUCUGCCUAGUACACUGGUGCACAUGUGGCGUUGCUACAGCACCUGGGCUGACCUUUGUGUGUCCGUGUGUGUGUGUUUCCUUCUUCCCUUCAGCCUGCGACUGUUGCUGACUCCAGGGGUGGGAGGGAUGGGGAGACUCCCCUCUUGCUGUGUGUACUGGACCCGCAGGAAGCGUGCUGUCUUGCUGCCUCUUCAACGACCUGUCGUUUGCUCCAGCACGCACAAACUUCAUGAGACCAACACAGCCGUGCCCUGCAGGCACCAGCACCUGCUUUUCAGAGGCCGUGGACUUUCUUCCAGCCAUUGUGGCAUUGGCCUUUCCAGCCUUGGGAGGAGCACGCUGCUUUGGUGAGACACCCCCCAUGCAAGGUCCUCAGAGGAGCCAGGUUCUACCACAAACAGAAAGAGAGUGAAAGUAGCUGUCGGUCCUUGUAGAGAGCCACUCUGUUUCCUCCCAGAAGCAUCUCCCAGCUAAACUCGCCUUAUUUUUCUCCUCUGGCUGUUUGCCUGAAGUUCGCAGAACAUACAACCAUGAAAGGCUUUUUGAGGUGAGAGGCCCAGGUGGUCCUGGCAACCCUGAGUAGAAGGAGAGACGGGGUAGGGAAUGGGCCCGGCCAGAAAAGAGCCACUUCUUCUGCCAUCUUUUAUGCACCAUAGACAUCAAGACUCCAGGGUGGCCUGGCUCCCCUGUUCUUGCGGCCCUGCGGAUCAGUGCACAAUCUGGGCUCGUGUCCUGACCAGGUGCACCUCCUCUGAUCCGAGGGGAAAGGGACUGGUUUAUAGAAAGAGCCUAGGAGACAAAAGGGCCGGUCCCCCUGCCCAGAAUGGAGCAGCAGCAGGACGGAUCCCCAUGAGGCCCCCAGAGAGGAGGAAGGUCCCAUGGAGGAACACAUGGGGUUAGGGAUCCUUGUUCAGCACCCCAAACGGCCUGUGUGUUUUAAGCAAGCAGCAGGCUCAGGCCUUCCCUGCAACCCCAUCAACCACAAGUUUGUUUCUCUAGGAAACACAUUCACCGUCUCAGCUGGCUGUUAUUCUCUCAGACCGUGUGGCAAAGUUUUCCAAGAAAAUGCCCCGACGGGGGUGCCCAGCACACUGCCUGAGGGACAGCAGACCCCAGGACAAACCCCGGGGGGAAACAGUCAAAAUCAGGGCCCGGUGCAGUGUUGUCAGUGGAACCUGCUUUAUCCAUUGCUGAGUGUUGAAUGUGGGUAAUGGUUAGGGCUUUACAGAUCUCAGCAGCCCAAGACUGUUACUGUCGGGACUGUCAUGUAGAUAACCAUGAGCAAUGGCUCGCCUCAGAAUCAGUUUGUGAUAUUCUAUGGUACUGGCCCCUUCGUGGGCAUUGUGUGAAAUGAGAUGGUGGCGAGGGGUGAGCUGUGGAACUGCCGCAGCCACACAUGAGGUCUCUGGGGGACCCUUUGGGAAGUCCUUGCUCCUGAGCACGACCUGAUUGCCAGGGCCUGCGGAGGUCUAGGCCACCGGGCAGAAGCUAGCACCGUCCAAAUCCCCGCGGGACCCGUGGAGCUAUGACCACAGCAGGCCAUUCAAACGGCUCUGCAUUCUUUCCUUGGAAGGUGGCCACUCCUAGGUGGCAGAGCCUUUCCCUGAGGCUGCAGGCCAUGGGCUGGCAGCCCGUCUCUUGGCAUUUCAAUUGAAGGUCACCAGGUGCUGGCUUUGAAAGGAAGUCACUGGAAUGCUGCCGGGGGCCGCCCUCCGAGGUUAAUGCGAGGCCCACAUCCAGGCAAGAGCUAAUUCAAAAGGCAGAUCGGAAACCACAGGAGUCAAAAUGAUUGCUCCAGCAGCGCUCCCCUUCCUUUCAUCCCCUGGCCUCGUGUGGUCCAUGCAGAGCCACUGUCUGCCCUUUCUGAGGCCACGUAUUAGACCUUCUUAUUCAGAAUUUUAAUAGAAAACCAUGGGGCCAAGAGCUCUGGAAGCCUGGCCGGAAAGACCAAGAUUCAGGCUAACCCAGCAAAUGAUUGUUGAGCACCUCUGUGAACCAAAGUCCUUGGGCGAGUGUGGUGACUUCCUGGAAGGAGGGUGCAGACUUCCAGAGAAUCCCCACGGACGUGCUGAGAAGAGAGAGGGAGGCGGGGGCUGCAGUCAGGAAGGAGCCAGAGAAGAACAGGGUUUGGGUGCAUCCAGAAAUAUGCCUGCAGUAGGAGGGAGAGGAAGGGGUGCCACUGUCAACGGCUUCCCAUCGGAGGUGGUUGGUGCAGAUGGAAGUUUCCGUCUGCUGGCCCUCAAGAGAGUGUUUUGCCAGGGACACAGUCUGUUCCUCCUCAGAAAACACCCCCCAAACGCUGACAACAUCCCCACCAGCUGCUGGAAGCCCCUUUCCCCUCCCCACCUUGAAGUAGCUCAUAGGUCUCUGGGCAGAGCCAGACCAUCCAGCGUACCCCAGAGGCCAGUAGGUUCCUGCCCAUUUUCCUCUCUGGCUUCCUGCCAAGAAUUAUGGCAGCUGAGGAUAAAUGGAGAAGUCAUACAAACAACUAACACUGCACAACUAACAACUAACACCACACAACUAACACUGCAGUUCCCACCUGGUUCCACUUAGCAGGAGACAUUUCAGAGGUUUUUGUUUUUGUGUUUUGCUGGUUUUUGUUUUCUCAGUACUGAAAAGAGAAAAAGUGACAGUCUUGUAUUUUUAGAAGCCUCAGAAAGGUGAUACCAUCUGACAGUCAUUUUCUCACUUUGGUCUUCUGAAGUCACCUAUUUCUUGUGUGUACACAUCACACCAUUUCCUUUUUCUUUAUAACCCAACAAGGGUAGGAGUGCCUAUGUCCCCUGCUGGGCACACCAGACAAUCGUAAUCACGAAACAGACGCUGAGCCGGGGGCCCAAAGGCUGUGAUCAUGAGAGUUACCAGGACAGCAGUAGGCAUGACAGUCACCAGGAAGGACAAGGGCCUCUGUUAGUGGCCACACACCAAUUUGACAAGGAGUGUUGCGAAAUUUAUUUUUUUUUUUU